CUUUGCAGGGCUGGAGGCUGACCUCUCGGCAGGGGGGUGGGAAGGAUACUGCUGGGGCCCUGUGGCGCGGCCUGGGCUGGGAGACAGACGGACCGCGCCCGGUGUGUCCUUGGAGUCCCUGACGUGGCCAUACUUCGGGUUUCCAGACUCGGGGUUUCUCCAGGGCCGGCGCGUGAAAGCGCGUGAGGGAGACGCAGGGACUUCCGUUUCCUUCACCUAGGCAGGGACCCGGCCGAAGAGCAGAGUUGGCUUUUCCAGACUGGGGCUCAGCCCGCCCCUCCUUCAGGACCCUCCCCUCGGGACCGAGCCGAUCGCCGCGGGCGGUUGGGGCCAGCUCUCUUGGCGCGAUUGUUCCUUGCUUUAUCAAGCGAAGUUGAUGGCAAACGUUAACCUCACAAAAAGGUGGACAAGUCCUAUUUUCAAGAGAAGAUGACCUUUAACACUUUUGAAGGAUCUAAAACUUGUAUACCUGCAGACAUCAAUAAGGAUGAAGAAUUUGUAGAAGAGUUUAAUAGAUUAAAAACUUUUGCUAAUUUUCCAAGUAGUAGUCCUGUUUCAGCAUCAACACUGGCACGAGCAGGUUUUCUUUAUACUGGUGAAGGAGAUACCGUGCGGUGCUUUAGUUGUCAUGCAGCAGUAGAUAGAUGGCAAUAUGGAGACUCAGCAGUUGGAAGACACAGGAAAGUAUCCCCAAAUUGCAGAUUUAUCAACGGCUUUUAUUUUGAAAAUAGUGCCAUGCAACCUACAAAUCCUGGUGUCCAGAAUGGUCAGUACAAAGUUGAAAACUAUCUGGGAAACAGAAAUCAUUUUGCUUUAGACAGGCCAUCUGAAACUCAUGCAGACUAUCUUUUGAGAACUGGACAGGUUGUAGAUAUAUCAGACACCAUUUACCCAAGGAACCCUGCUAUGUGUAGUGAAGAAGCUAGAUUAAAGUCAUUUCAGAAUUGGCCAGACUAUGCCCACUUAACCCCAAGAGAGUUAGCUAGUGCUGGACUCUACUACACAGGUAUUGAUGAUCAAGUGCAGUGCUUUUGUUGUGGUGGAAAACUGAAAAAUUGGGAACCUUGUGAUCGUGCCUGGUCAGAGCAUAGGCGACACUUUCCUAAUUGCUUCUUUGUUUUGGGCCGGAACAUUAAUAUUCGAAGUGAAUCUGAUGUUGUGAGUUCUGAUAGGAAUUUCCCAAAUUCAACAAAUCUUCCAAGAAAUCCAUCCAUGGCAGAUUAUGAAGCACGGAUCAUUACUUUUGGGACGUGGAUAUACUCAGUUAACAAGGAGCAGCUUGCAAGAGCUGGAUUUUAUGCUUUAGGUGAAGGUGAUAAAGUAAAGUGCUUUCACUGUGGAGGAGGGCUAACUGAUUGGAAGCCCAGUGAAGACCCUUGGGAACAACAUGCUAAGUGGUAUCCAGGGUGUAAAUAUCUGUUAGAAGAGAAAGGACAAGAAUAUAUAAACAAUAUUCAUUUAACCCAUUCACUUGAGGAGUCUCUGGUAACAACUGCUGAAAAAACACCGUCACUAACUAAAAGAAUUGAUGAUACCAUCUUUCAAAAUCCUAUGGUACAAGAAGCUAUACGAAUGGGAUUCAGUUUCAAGGACAUUAAGAAAAUAAUGGAAGAAAAAAUUCAGACAUCUGGGAGCAACUAUAAAUCAUUUGAGGUUCUGAUUGCAGAUCUAGUGAGUGCUCAGAAAGACAGUACACAAGAUGAAUCAAGUCAGACUUCAUUGCAUAAAGAGAUUAGUACUGAAGAGCAGCUAAGGCGCCUGCAAGAGGAGAAGCUUUGCAAAAUCUGUAUGGAUAGAAAUAUUGCUGUAGUUUUUAUUCCUUGUGGACAUCUGGUCACUUGUAAACAAUGUGCUGAAGCAGUUGACAAAUGCCCCAUGUGCUACACAAUCAUUACUUUCAAGCAAAAAAUUUUUAUGUCUUGAUCUGACUCCACAGUAGGCAUGUUAUGUUCUUCUUAUUAUCCUGAUUGAUUGUGUGAUGUGAACCGACUUUAAGUAAUCAGCAUUGAAUUCCAUUAGCAUUUGCUGCCAAGUAUAAAAAAAAUGUAAAUGGCAAUGUCUUAGUUGGCAAUCUAAACUUUGAAUUUCUGGAUUUUCAGGGUAUUAGCUGUAUUAUUUAUCCAAUUUCUUUUACUGUUAAUUAAUUGAAGUCCUAGACUAAGAAACAGGAUAUUAUAACUGGUCACAAUAUGUAUUUGUAGUAUACUGACUUAGUUUCUAAGUGUAACUGAAUUAAUCAUAUGAAUUUUUUGUUCUUUUCAGAUAGGCUUAACAAAUGGAGCAUUCUGUAGAAACGUGGAGAUUAGAGUUAAUCUCCCCAAUCACAUAAUUUGUUAUGCGUGAAAAAGGAAUGAACUGUUCCACAUUGGUGGGAAGAUAGAGAUUAUUUUUAGAUGUUUAUCUUUGUGUUUUAGGAUUCUGUCCAUUUUCUUUUAAAAUUAUAAACAUGUAUGAAUGAUUUUUAAAAAGUAAUUUUGCCAUCUUUGAAAGGGUAUUUAAUGAUAGAAUACCAUCUAGCCAACGUGUACUACAUGGAAAGAUGUCAAAGAUAUAUUAAGUAUAAAAUGCAAGUGGCAAAACACUAUGUAUAGUAUGAGCCAAAUCAAGGUGUGUGUGUUUUGUAUAUGUAUAGAACAAAAGAUUUGGAAAGAUAUGCACCAAAUUGUUAAAUGUGGUUUCUCUUGGUGGGGGGUGAGGGGUAGGUCCCAGAGGGGGUUUGCCAGGGGCCUUUCACUUUUUUUUUUUUUUAUUUUGUUCUGUUUCAGUUUUUUAUAAGUAUGUAUUACUUUGGUAAUCAGAAAUUUUAGAAAGUAUUUUACUGAUUUAAAGGCUUAGGCAUGUUCAAACGCCUGCAAAACUACUUAUUGCUCAGUUUUAGUUUUUCUAAUCCAAGAAGGCAGGGCAGUUAACCUUUUUGGUGCCAAUGUGAAAUUUAAAUGUUUUUAUGUUUUUCCUGCCUUGUGGAUGAGAAAUAUUUCUGAGUGGUAGUUUUCUGACAGGUAGACCAUGUCUUCUUAUCUUGUUUCAAAAUAAAUAUUUCUGAUUUUGUAAAAUGAAAUAUAAAAUAUGUCUCAGAUCUUCCAAUUAAUUAGUAAGGAUUCAUCCUUAAUCCUUGCUAGUUUAAGCCUGCCUAAGUCACUUUACUAAAAGAUCUUUGUUAACCCAGUAUUUUAAACAUCUGUCAGCUUACGUAGGUAAAAGUAGAAGCAUGUUUGUACACUGCUUGUAGUUAUAGUGACAGCUUUCCAUGUUGAGAUUCUCAUAUUAUCUUGUAUCUUAAAGUUUCAUGUGAGUUUUUACUGUUAGGAUGAUUAAGAUGUAUAUAGGACAAAAUGUUAAGUUUUUCCUUUACCUAAAUUGUUUUCUUGACUAGUAAUAGUAGUAGAUAUUUCUGAAAUGUUCUCUCAAGAUCCUUAAAACCUCUUGAAAAUUAUAAAAUAUUGGCAAGACAAGAAUAGUUGUUUAAAUAUUUUUUAAAAACAUUUGAAUAAGAGUCAAUAUGGGUAAAAAAAUGUAAGUUUGAAAAUGCUUCAAGGAACAUCCAGGGUUUACAAGACUCUCACAGCAGACCUAUUGUAGAGGUGAGUGAGGCAUGUUACUGCAGAGAAAAGUUUGAUAGUGAAACCAUAUUUUUGUUGUAUUUUCUAAGAGAAGGAGUAUUGUUAUGUUCUCCUAACCUCUGUUGAUUACUACUUUAAGUGAUAUUCAUUUAAAGCAUUGCAAAUUUAAAUGAGAAUUUUUAAAAUUAAAUAAUGACUGCCCUGUUUCUGUUUUAUUAUGUAAAUCCUCAGUUCUUCACCUUUGCAGUGUCUUCCACUUAGGUUUAAUUAUGUAGUCAUUAAGUUGAAUUUGACUUGUAUAACCUAAGAUUUAAAUUUAAAGCUUCCUACAAGGUAAGAAAAGUGUUAAAAUUUUUCAGUUAUGUUUUCCAGGACACUACAGCUCCAGGUCAGAUAGGUAGUUCAAUCUAGUUGUUAGCCAAGAAAUCAAAGACUGAAUUGUUUUAACCUAAGACUUUUCCUGUUUUGGGAGCCUCAGUUCAUUAAAAUUCUUCUUUUAAGACCUACAUGUUUAGAGUUAAGCAAGACUUUUUUUCUCUCUCCAUGAGUUGUGAAAUUUAAUGCAUGAAGCUGAUGUGGCUAACAAGUUUAUUUUAAGAAUUGUUUAGAAAUGCUGUUGCUUUGGGUUCUUAAAA